UGGAAUGCUUCGACUCCAGUCUCCAAAUGCUCAGUGAUUUUUGGUCUGGAAAUUGAAACUUGCUACAAUUCUGAUUUCUCCUCCUUCUAUUUCCCGCGCCGUUGCCCACCCGCGGCUGUCACGCUCCUCCGUUCGCCCUUCCCGGCGCUCCUCCUUCACGCGGUCGUUGCCUGGCUUCUCGUCAGCCUGAGAGGGAGAGGCAGAGCAGCUGCAGCAGAGCACCAUCGUCUCAGCGGCUUCCUUAUCGGCAUCAGUUCAGUCGUUCGCUUGACCAUCGCCUAGACGUGGGAGAAAUUGUUAUCAGCAGAUUAUUAUUGGAGGAGCAUCUGAUGGCCAAUUCUCGAGGGCGAGAUUUCCUGUUCUGUCACUUGUGUGGGACAAUGCUGACAGCUCCUUCUGCCAAGUAUGCACAAUGCCCGUUGUGCAAAACUAGGCGCGACAUUAAUGAUAUAAGCGGAAAAGAAAUAAGUUACACAAUUUCUGCUGAGGAUAUCAGAAGGGAGCUUGGAAUUAUUAUAAUGGAAGAGCAGAAGGUCCAGUUGUCAAAGGUGAACAAGAAAUGUGAGAAAUGUGGUCAUGGCGAAGCUAACUUUUACACCAGACAGAUGCGAUCAGCUGAUGAAGGGCAAACUACUUUUUACACCUGCACCCGUUGUGGCCACCAGUUUCAGGAGAAUUAAGAAUACUAGUGGAUAUUUAGUUCAAAAGAUUUUCCUGAGAAGAUAUACCAAGCGAAAUCUUAAAUGACUUAUAAGGGGAAUAUAAAGCAUUGCCUAUGACUGAGGUGAGAAUUUAUCCUACUCAUUUUGACCAUUUGUGCCAUAUCAUAUUCACAGUAUAUUGUUCACUUGGAACAUUGACGAAGUGAUUUGGUAACAUUGACCCUCCGGGGGCAAUAAUGCACAGAUGGGUCCUUUUGUUAUACAGAUUUCCUUGAAAAUAGAGUAAUGGUUUAGCUAAA